AUGACAUGGCAGGGGGGGCAAANGGGGCAAAUCGAUUCACGCGAAUACUCCCGAUGGCGUCAGCGUGGCAUAGCGUUUGAGCUUCGUCAGGCCUAUUACAAUCGCGCCAAUCGGACUCUGGCAUCCGGGAGGCCGUUUAGAACACCCAACGGGGACACCAGUAUUUAUUGGGGUUAUUGGGGAGAUAUUGUGUGCUCACCGUUUCUCUGUUUUGGCAUUCAGACAGAGCAUUGCAGUGAACUGGAACGUCAAGUCAACGGACAACGUCGUUACGGGGCAGGCACUGCGUCGGAGGUGAAUGUGCGACGUUUGUUAUGGCAACUGGCAGCUCAUCAACCGUGCCCGAUGCGUGUGGCUGCACCGUUCUUGGACACGGGUGGAGAGAAAGAAGUGAAUGAAGAGACCAGGGACCAAUCAUACGAGGAAUCAAGUCAGCAAGACACGACAUCUAGUCCAAAAGGGGCUGGAAUUGACCUGAACGAAAGCAACGCGUUGACUGAGACCGAUGUCGCUAGCAAUGAAAACCAGACGAAUAAACCGGCUCUUGAGAAGUCGCUUGAGGAGCGUUUGGACAGUAUACCAUAUGAACCUCUCCAAACACCAGUGCCAUUCACUGUCAAAUAUUUACCCCUGAAUAGUUUUCCAGAUCUCCCCACCCGUUAUCGUUCACUAUUACGACGAGAUGAUUGCAAAUCACGUCUGAACGUGAUCUACCUUGGUUGCAGUGUGGCUCAUCUGCUGGAAAGCGCCAAACUCAGGCCUGAAUGGGACGGUUGUGAGGAGCAUGGUGAUGUUGAACGUGAAGACAAGGAUUCGGUGAAAAAAUCACAACCCACCAGAGGAUUGCUCAGUUUGAUGGAUUGGGAUGAGGACGUCAGUAACGCAUUGCUAAUUGUCGAAUCUGUGCUAUACAUCGUGGAACUUCGACCGAAGGAAAUCGAGGCUUAUGUGGAACGCGUGAUUAAAAUGGUAAAGGCUCUCGGUUUUAUACCGGCCGUUGAACCGAAGCCACUCGUGGACCAUCAUCUGUACUUUGUACCGGAUCGAGAAAAAUUUGGACAGCAAUAA